GCUCGCGAAUGACGUGUUUGUGUAUCCUCAGUGUUUUUCUAUCUUGACUCUAAACUCUAAAGAUUUUGUCUGUAACGCUGGAGAACAGCAGCAGAUCCUGCAGACCACACUGAAGAUGUGUUCAGUUAAACUGGAGGACUGCAGGAACCUGAUGAUGAAGAUAAAAACAGAACCCACAGCAGAUGAAUAUGAAGACGAUCAUAAUGAUGUUCAUGAGUUUAUUCUCACAGACGUGAAGAGUGAGUCAUGUUGUGAUGGAGAAAUAACGCCCUCAACAUCAGAAGAGCGACUGACAGCACAAACUCAAGAGAAGAAACUUCAUUCAGAAGAGCAAAGAGAGACGAAGAAGAAGCCGUUUAACUGUGAACAAUGUGGGAAGGAUUUUGAGUUCUUAUUUCAGCUGAAAGGCCACAUGAAGGGACACAGUGGUGAAAAACCUUUCCACUGCAAUGAUUGUGGCAAAUACUACAGCAGCAAAAAAACUCUUGAUGUUCAUCAGAGACUUCACAAAGAAGAGAAACCUCAUCCCUACAGUGUUUGUGGGAAGGGUUUUAAUCAGCUUCAAAGUUUAGUGAAACACCAGAGAACUCAUACAGGUUCUUACAAAUGCUCUCAUUGUGACAAGAGGUUUACUCGUUCAAGUCACUUAAAAAUCCACGAGAGAAUUCACACUGGGGAGAAACCUUUUGUCUGCUCUGACUGUGGAAAAAGCUUCUCUGACCCAUCUCAUUUCAGAGUUCAUCAGAGAGUUCACACUGGAGAGAAACCUUAUGUCUGCUCUCAGUGUGGUAAGAGCUUCUCAAAUUCAGGUAAUUUGAUUGUUCAUCAGAGGCUUCACACUGGAGAGAAACCUUACGUCUGCUCUGACUGUGGAAAAAGCUUCUCUGAUCCAUCUCAUUUAAGAGUUCAUCAGAGACUUCACACUGGAGAGAAACCUUACGUCUGCUCUCAGUGUGGUAAGAGCUUCUCUAAUCCAGGUACCCUGAGUGUUCAUCAGAGACUUCACACUGGAGAGAAAUCUCAUCACUGCAUUGUUUGUGGAAAGAGUUUUUAUCAGCGUGAACAUUUAGCGGUACACCAGAGAACUCAUACAGGUGAAAAACCUUACAAAUGCUCUCAGUGUGACAAGGCGUUUACUCAUUCAAGUUCCUUAAAAAUCCACGAGAGAAGUCACACUGGGGAAAAACCUUACGUCUGUGCUCACUGUGGAAAAAGCUUCUCUAAUCAAUCUCAUUUCAGAGUUCAUGAGAGAGUUCACACUGGAGAGAAACCUUACGUCUGCUCUCACUGUGGAAAAAGCUUCUCUUAUCAAUCUCAUUUUAGAGUUCAUCAGAGACUUCACACUGGACAGUAAUCUCUGCAGUGCACCAGAGAUCUCAUACAGCUGAAAAACCUUAAAAAUGCCCUUAGUGUAACAAGACCUUAACUACGUCAAGUUCCUUAAAAAUCCAUCAAAGACUUCACACUGGGAGAAACCUCAUCACUGUAGGGUUUGUGGGAAGAGUUUCAGUCGACAUGACGAAUUAGUAACACACCAGCAAACUCAUACAAGUGAAAACUUCAUAAAUGCUUUCAGUUUGAUAAGACGUUUGUGAAAUCAGUUGGCCUGAAGACCAAUGACAUGUUCACACUUGAGAGAAACCUACCACUGCUUGAUCUGUGGAGAGAGAUUCACUCAGUUUUCAGAAUCAUAAGAAGGAACAAUCAUGCUAUGCUAGAGAACUACAGACCCAUUUCUCUUCUUCCCUUCAUUGCCAAGACUCUUCAGCUCUCCUCUUUCUUCACACAAAAUAACCUCCUGGAUAGCAAUCAGUCUGGUUUCAAAAGCAGUCACUCCAAUUGAUCAUCUGUGCUGAUCUUACUGGAUCUAUCUGCCGCAUUUGACACGGUCAAUCACCAAAUCCCCCUGUGGACCCUCAUGGCUAUGGGUGUCUAUGACACAGCGCUUCUAUGGUUCAAGUCGUACCUCUCAGGUAGGUCAUUUCGGGUAUCCUGGAGAGGUGACGUCUCCGAACCCCAUUGUCUCGAUACGGGGGUGCCUCAAGGCUCUGUGCUUGGACCACUGCUCUUUUCAAUAUACAUGACGUCCCUGGGUUCUGUCAUUCGAAAACAUGGCUUUUCCUACCACUGCUAUGCGGACGGCACUCAACUCCACUUGUCGUUCCACCCUGAUGAUCCCACGGUUACUGCCCGCAUCUCAGCAUGCCUGAGGGACAUCUCACUCUGGAUGAAGGAUCACCAUCUACAGCUUAACCUUGCGAAGACAGAACUGCUCGUCAUAUCAUCUGAACCAAAGAUUCAGCACAACCUUUCCAUUCAGCUAGGUUCCUCGACCAUCACGCCUUCCAGGACAGCCAAAAACCUGGAAGUGGUCAUUGAUGAUCAGCUUAGCUUCACGGAGCAUGUUGCCAGCACCGCUCGCUCUUGUAGAUUCAUCCUCUAUAAUAUUAGGAAAAUUAGACCUUUCCUAAAUGAGCACGCUACGCAGGUCAUAGUCCAAGCUCUUGUCCUGUCCAGGCUGGACUACUGCAAUGCAGUACUGGCUGGACUUCCAGCCUGCACAACCAAACCCCUACAGAUAAUUCGGAACGCAGUGGAAAGAGUGGUCUUCAAUGAGCCAAAGAGGGAGCACGUCACUCCUCUCUUUGUCAAGUUACACUGGCUUCCUAUAGCCGCUCGCAUCAAAUUUAAAGCUCUGCUCCUGGCCUUUAAAACCACCGAGUGACAGCUUGUGGUGCCAUCUCAAAAAGGGAAAAAAACAUUAGUGCGUACCUUCUCAGGAGCUGUUUCACAACUGUGGAAUGACACGAUCUGCUGACUCUGUAGCUGUCUUUAAGAAUCUGCCAAAAACCCAUUUCUUUCUAUAGGACUUACAAUCUUUCUCUAUUUUUCCUUUAUCUGUUCUUUCUUAAAAAAAAAUUUUACUAACCAACCCUUGCCUAUGUAUAUUGUGUUGGACUUGAUGAGACUAUUUCCAGUGUACUUAUGUAUUGCUGUUCUUGUGUUGCUAUAAUUGCUUCUAAUUGUUACCUUAUUUGUAAGUCGCUUUGGACAAAAGCGUCUGCUAAAUGACUAAAUGUAAAUGUAACAAACUGAAGAACAAACUACACUUAAAUCAUCAUAGCGCUUAAACUCUUUAUAACUGAACUGCAUAUAUUCAGCGCGAGUGCUCGACAUGUAAUCAUAAUGAAUAUGAUCAUGAUAUUUCAACUAUUGUAUUAAUCUAAUGAACUCCCCCUGCUCUUCUCGUUGCUGAAGAAUAACCAACAAUGCUAAAAAUCAGCUUAGCCUCGCUGCUGGUUUAAAUGCAUUGCAAGUCACUAUGGAUAUAAGCAUAUGCCCAAUACGUCAAUUUAAUAAAAAGACUAAAUGUUUGAUAGAACUGAGCAGAAACAAACAUUUGUGUCUUGAGUUCUCAAAUAUGUUUAACUUUUGCGUUAUUUUUUUCUGUUCCACAUUUAUGAAAUCAGCUGAAGUAGUAACUUUGAUGAAACUUAAAAUUUGAUUUACACUCAAAAAAAUGAUUUUCAAAAAAAAAUCUUAGUAUUUUUGUCUUGUUUUAAGUAAAAAUAUCUAAAAAUUCUUAAAUAAAAAUGCUUUUUCUUGAUGAGCAAAACGACCCAAGAAAAUAAAUCUAGGUUUUAGACAGAAAAUAUCAAAUUUAAGUGAUUUUGUGCAUAAAAAAGCAAAAAAAUCUGCCAUUGGGGUAAGCAAAUUUUUCUUGAAUUAUUUUCUUGGGUCGUUUUGCUCAUCAAGAAAAAGCAUCUUAAUUUAAGAAUUUUUAUUAGAUAUUUUUUUCUGAAAACAAGACAAAAAUACUAAGAAUUUUUUUCUUGCAAAUCAUUUUUUGCAGUGUAGGCUACAGAAAUUAAUUGAGUUAGAAACACACAACAAUAAAAACAUGAAAAUGUUCUAAAAAUAUUUUGUUCCCCGUUUUUAAUUAAUAUAUAAUAACAAACGAGAUUUCAAUAUUUUGAUAAUUGAGCUAGGAGCGGUUUUCAUUAAAAAAAUUGGUCACCUUGUAGCAUUGCAUUAUAAAAAUACUGUAUUGUUAUGAAAAUACCAAGCAUAUGACUGUAAGCUACACAAAUAAAUCAACAUAUAAUUUCAA